AUGAUGGUGUUUUUGGUGCUCGUCUUAGUGUUAGUCCCUUUGGCACAGUGUAAGUUUCCUCAGUGUCUCAUGAAAGAUCCUAUUCCUAUCCUUCACAAAUACUAUAAAUUAGGGGACCUCAGCAUUGCUGGCAUUAUGUCCCAGAUCUACAUGUUCUCCCACCCAAUAACAUUUGAAAACCGUCCAUCUGAGGAACUCUUCGAUGACCCUUUCCAUUUCAGUGCAAGUUGGACCUAUCUGGCAUCAAUGGAACUUCUCUCCACAAAAGGCAGAUUCAUUCCCAACUACAGGUGUGAUGCCCAGAACAACCCAGUUGCGGUCAUUACAGGACCAAACUCCAACAUCGCUCUCUUCACAGCAGUUAUUCUCUGCAUCUACAAGAUCCCACAGAUAUCUUAUGGUUCUGCACCAAAGAUGGACAACAAGACACAAUCUGUUUUCUUUCACCAUAUGUUCCCAAACCAGGCCCAUCAAAAUUUGGGGAUUCUUCAUUUAUUGCUGUAUUUCAGGUGGACUUGGAUUGGGGUGAUUUCUGUGAGCGAUGAGACUGGAGAAAUAUUUGUGCAGGACAUAGCUCCUAUGCUAUCUCAGAAUGGCAUCUGCUUUGACUUCAUAGCAACAAUUCCAGCAACAGCAUUUUCCAGUGAAAUUGCUAUAGUAAUGUCAGAAGGGGUUGAAAUAUACAAACUUGUCAUGAGAAGCACUGCCAAAGUUAUGGUCCUACAUGGUGAAAUUCAGACCAUGAUAUUUUUAAGACUGUUUCUCCGAAUCCCAGAAUUUGAAGACAUACCAGUUGAGGCAAAAGGAAAAAUCUGGAUUUUGACAGCUCAGGUGGACUUCACUUCACAUCCCUUUCAAAGAAACUGGGACAUCAGUUUUGUCCAUGGUGCCAUCUCCUUUGCAGUUCACUCAGCGGAGCUCUCAGGAUUCCAAAAGUUUCUCCAGGAGAAAAAUCUCACCUCUGCAAAAGAAGAUGGCUUUAUCAGACAAUUCUGGCAACAGGCAUUUCUAUGUUCAUUCUCCAACUUUACGGUAGACAAGGAGGGUGGGGAAAUCUGUACUGGAGAGGAGAAACUGAAGGAUCUUCCUGAAUCUGUGUUUGAAACAACCACAACUACCCACAGCUAUAACAUCUAUAAUGGUGUCUAUGCUGUGGUCCAUGCUUUGCAGGCUAUGUGGUCCUCCAGAUUCAGAGCAACUGUUCCUGAUGGGCGAUGGAAUCUUCUGAAUCAAGAGUGGUGGCAGGUGCAACCUCUUUCUCUUUGCAAUGAGGACUGUCAUGCUGGUUUUAGCAGGGCAAAGAAGGAAGGGCAGCCUUUUUGCUGCUAUGAUUGCCUUGCAUGUCCAGCAGGGAAGAUUUCAAAUGAAAAAGACUUAAAUGAAUGUUCUCGGUGUCCUGAAGGUCAGUAUCCAAACAAAGACCAGAAUUUAUGCCUGCCAAAAUACUUCAGCUUUUUGUCUUAUGAAGAACCUUUGGGGAUCAGUUUGGUCACUCUUGCACUUUCCUUCUUUUUCAUCACAACUUUGGUGCUCGGGAUCUUUAUUAAGCACCGGGACUCUCCCUUAGUCAAAGCCAACAACCGGGACCUCACCUACACUCUCCUCAUCUCCCUCCUGCUCUCCUUCCUCUGUGUUUUGAUGUUCAUUGGCCAGCCCGGGAAGGUUACCUGUCUCCUUCGACAAACGGCUUUUGGCAUCAUCUUCUCGGUGGCUGUUUCUUGUGUGUUGGCCAAAACAGUUCUUGUGGUUCUGGCUUUCAUGGCCACAAAGCCAGGGUCCAGAAUGAGGAGAUGGGUAGGGAAAAAGCUGUCCAGUUCCAUUGUCAUUUCAUGUUCCCUUUUACAAGGUACUAUUUGUACUGUGUGGUUGACAAUGUCUCCCCCCUUCCCAGAUUUUGAUAUGCAUUCCGUGACUGAGCAAAUUGUGUUAGAGUGCAAUGAAGGGUCAGUCACCAUGUAUUACUGUGUCCUGAGCUUUCUAGGCUUUCUGGCCAUCAUCAGCUUCACCGUGGCUUUUGUAGCCAGGAAGUUACCCGACAGUUUCAAUGAAGCCAAGUUCAUCACCUUCAGCAUGUUGGUCUUUUGCAGUGUUUGGGUGUCCUUCAUUCCGACCUACUUGAGCACCAAGGGGAAAUCCAUGGUGGCUGUGGAGAUCUUCUCCAUCUUAACCUCCAGUGCUGGGCUACUGGGAUGCAUCUUUUCCCCAAAAUGCUACAUCAUUCUACUCAGACCGGAGCUGAACACAAAAGGACAGCUAAUAAAAACAAAGAAUCAAAUCUGA